AUGGCAGGCGAGAUUCUCCAUGAUCUCGAAUUGGUCCAGCCGCCUUACCAAAGCGUGGGUGUUUCUGUCCUAUUGACACCGGACCAGAUGGACGGGAUCCGCGCCUAUCUGUCGUGCUACUACCUGAUUACGGCGCACGCGCUGCCUUUCCUGCAGUAUCUUCGCAAGACGACUCUGACCGAUUCCAGCUUAGCUUUGGCAUGGGCCAGAAUGUCGCAGGUUUCGCUCUCGUAUACCUCCUGGACAGCCACAUGCUGCGAUAUCCUCGAGCAUGGCUCCGCCCUUGAGGGGGACCACACCCUCGCGUGGCUUGUGAGGCUGCUGCACAUCACGGAGGAGGCGUUCGAGACGACGAAGAUCGUUCCAGUCACGGAGCAGGCGAAGCAGCAGGCCCACUUCAUAUUGCUCAAGCUUGAGAACCAGUUGAGGGAUUGGCAGAGUCAGAUACCCAGCAGUUCAGCUGACGUCAGCUCCAUCAAAAUUGCUAGUCUGUUCACCGAAAUCUUCCUCCUCGCCGGUCCUGUCUACCGCCUCACCUCGGCGUCGAAAGUGGGAGAUGCCUACCUUGGCCCGCCCACCCCCUUGCCGCGCCUUGAGCGGUGCCUGACGCUCCUCCGCAGCCUCUUCAACUUCAUCGUCAACCUCGACAAGGCCGCCCUCCUCGAGAUAAACUCCAUCGACUGGGGCCGCCUCAUCCAGACCACCAUCGUCGCCAUCCGCCUGUCCUUCCCGCUGCCGCUGUGCCCCGAGUGGGACCACGCACGGGCCCGAGAGCAGCUGCAGUUCGACUCGUACCUCGCCAAGCUCUGUGCGCACCACGAGGAGCUGACACCGUUGACCAAGAGCAUAGAUGUGCUGUCAGCGAGCAAGGUCAUGUUCGCAGUCAUCAGGCGCAAGUACGAGGCCCGCUUGGCGAACAUCGAUGCGCCGGUGAAUAAGCUGUCAAGGAGUAUACCCGGGUGCCCCAUGUUCGAUGGGAGCCUGGACGCGUACUUCCCCAUAUGGGACCAGGAUGCCAAUCGGCACGGCACGCAUGUGUUAGUCCCGCCUAUGCCGGACGGAACGCUGUCGAUGGCCAACAGCCAACCUGUCUACGUUGACAUGUGGUCUAUGACGACAGUGGGCUGGCCGGACGGGGUGAACGGCGAUCCGAAUCAAGGUCUCGAUCUGACCCAGGGGCAACAGCCGACGUUGCACUUGGAUCCGUCCUUCCAAAAGACCAUGCAUCUUGGCCCGUCCCCCACCGGUAGUGGAUGA